UCAUAAUAAAAAUUUAAAGCUUUCAUCUUCAACAAGUGAAAAUGUUACAUCGAUUUUUUGAAAAAGACUUAUUGACACUGAUAUAAUUACAAAAGUGAUAUUGUAAACAUUACUAGCACAUGUAACUAUUAAUCAGGAAAAAGCAGCAAGGAAACAAAGUACAAAGAAACAAAGAGGACAGAUCCCACAUAUAUUGUUUGGAGUAUAUAAAAUGGAUUUGUUUAAUAUAUUCGCUUGAUUGUUUAUCUCCGCGGAUUGACCAAAUAUGCCUGGUUGUGCAGCUGUUGGUUGCAACAAUCGCAGUGAAAAGGGUUAUAGAAUGAAAUGUUUUCCACGUGACCCAAAAUUAAGAAAAAUUUGGCAGGAACGUGUUGCUAGAGCUAAUUGGGAGCCAUCAAAUAACUCCUUCCUUUGUGACAUACACUUUGAAUCUGACAAAUGGUGUAUAAUGGAUAACGACGAUAAUAUAGAGACAAUAAACAUUGUCAACAUAUGUAAUACUGAAAAGCAAGUUGUUGAUGGAGAAAAUGAGAAGCCUGUUAGUGAUUCCAUCUCAAACUUAGCUGACAACCUUAAUGAGGAUCUUAGUAAAUCACAGGUAAAAGAUGAAGCUGAAGAAAUCUCAGUUCGGCCUUAUAAUUACGACGAAAUAGAAGAAAAAUUAAAACAAAUUUGCGAUGGUCCUUUUGAAGAAAAUAAUUCUAAUAGCACAGAGAAGCCAUAUUCGAUCUCAGAUGAUGAGAAAAAAGUUUUACAACAAACAUCAAACAGAAUUCCAAUCCAUAAAAGCAAAAAUUAUAAAUUAUUUUCAAAAAGUGACAUCAGACACAUACUUACUAAUGAUACGGAAGAUAUUGAAGUAAUCUUUAGUACUGAAAAUAGAGAAGAAAAUGCAGAGGUACACGGAUGUGCAUCACAUAAUAACGAUGUAGUUGAUGACAUUGAAAAAUUAGAUUCACAUGAGAUAGAUAUCGACUGUGUUAGCAAUGAUAAAGAGAUCGAACAAAAUAUAAACGUCACACCGAACAUAAUGGCCGCCAUGAAACGUAAACGUAUAACUCGAAAUGAAAUCAUGAAAUCCAUAGAGAAGUCCAUUUGUAAUGCAUCUUCUCAGGACACGAAUUCCAUAAGCGACAGUGAUGGAAUCUUCGACGACGAUGCGGAAGGAGGAAAUGAAAAAAGAAAAAAGCAGAGGAUACAGAAUAAAAAUACUAUUGAUGCUUCACCGGCUACGCCGAAAUUUACAGUCAAAGUAACAGGCCACCCUGAUGAUGUAUCUGAUAUUAUGUAUAACUUGUCGAAGAGUGUAGGAGAUACCAAUACCCAAAGAUAUAAUGAUGACCAUACACCCAAGGAAGGUGACGGAUUUAUUACAUCCGUUAUAACAAUAGACGAUUGUCCAGCAGACGUAGACGACGAAGACGAAUCUCAAGACGACGAUUCUCUUUCAGCAUGUGCCAAAAAUAUUACGACGAAAUAUAACGAUCGAAAGUUACCUUCAACUUCAGAAAAUAGUCUGUGUUUGAGCACAGUAACAGCACAUGUUGAUGAGAAGUCACAUAAUUUAAAUACAAAUAACAGUCGUUUAAUACCAGUUGUUAAAAAUAUUAUACGACUACCAGCGGACGAUUGUUCUUUAAAACAUAAAUAUGAGAAAUUGCAACAAAAGUCGAAAAUGCAAGCCAAUGCCGUUGAACAGCUGAGUAAUCAACUUAUUUUUUGCAAGCGUGUAGGGCAAGGAUUACAAAAUAAGAAUUCAGUAUUUCAGAAGAAGAUACAAAGUUUGAUGAAUGAAUUAAAUGCAUUAACGAAUAACUUAUCAUCUUCGACGAAAAGAAUGAAAGAGAACGUGGAUCUGAAACAAAAGUUAACUGAUGAUUUGUCAAGUAGGCUAAGUUAUCUUGAGGAAUCAAACAAGAAACUAGUGAAGUCUAUGGCUGUAGGAAAUGAACGAGUAAAAAAAUUAGAAAGUCAGGUGAAACAAAGAGACAAUCGGAUAAAAGAACUCAAUUGGAAGCUGGAGAAAGCCUCGAAAUACCUUGAACGAGCGGAGAAAAAUACCAACACGUACCGAAGGAAGAUGCUGAACAUGCAAACCUUUCUGAAGAGGAAGAAACUCAUGGACGAUAAGAUCACUAGAUUGAACGAGAUACUAGUGAACGUCGUCAAGGAGAGCUAUUCUGGUAAAGUUUUGCCAAUGAAUGUAGCAUUGGAAAUUAAGAAAACAUGCGGUACGACUGGAUAUGACAAGCUAUUAAGCUCCAGACUUCCACUCCCGACUUUGUCAGCCGUGCGAAUUGCUAACGACAAUCUCUCGGACUCCAAUGAAAGCAUCAACGAGAUUUUACGGAUCGUCCCCUUAAGAGGCAGCACGAAUGACAUAUUCGAUAAGCAGUGUACGAUAAACAACAUAGAAGUAGACUCCGAGAAUGUGGAAUCAAUUAGCAGAGAAAUCGUGAUAGAUAAUACAGAAACUAUAAUGGGCACGGUCCAGGACAUUUUUGAGGAAAGUAAUGACGAUGAUGAUUUUAGUACAAAUGAAUUAACCGAACACUUUCUUUCGCAGCUGAGUACACUUAUGUAGCGGCAGAUUAAUUAAUUAUGUACUAAUUAAUUAUAUGUAAUUAACUAUAUGUAGAGUUACAAUAAACGAUUAUAUCUCUUACUGCAAUAUA